AGACGCGCCCACUGCUCUGCUCUGUCUCCAUUCAAGUCAAGAUGAGCUACGGAUCUGAAGCCUUUUCCUCCUCCUCCUCCUACAGGAAGAUUUUCGGGGAUUCUCCCCGUUAUGCCUCUCCGUCACGGACAAAGAUGAACGUGUCCUCCCGGGGAGGUUACCGGUCCUCCUCUGCAUCCCGGAGCAACGUUUCAUCCAUGGGCGCGUACAACAGAAAGUCCGGCCGCCUCAUGCCACUGGAGACCUUCGACCUGACACAGAGCACCGUCCUCAACAAUGAGUUCAAAAUUGUCCGCACCAAUGAGAAGGAACAAAUGCAGGGGCUUAAUGACCGCUUCGCAGUGUUCAUCGACAAAGUGCGCAACUUGGAGCAGCAUAACACGGUGCUGGAGACGGAGUUGAAUGUCCUGCGCCAGCGGCAGACCGAGCCGUCCCGCCUGGCCGAGCUUUACCAACAAGAGAUCCGCGAACUUCGCUCGCAGCUCGAAGAGCUGAACGGGGAGAAGUCCCAGCUCGUCAUCGAGAGGGAUUGUAUUGAAGACGAACUGCAGAAGCUCAGGGGAAAAUACGAAGAGGAGUACCGCGCCCGUGAGGACGCGGAGGUCACCCUCAAGGCCUUUAAGAAAGAUGUGGACGAUGCCACCAUGGUGCGCCUGGACCUGGAGAAGAAGGUGGAAUCUCUGCUGGACGAGAUCAACUUCCUCAGGAAGGUGCACGAGGAGGAGGUGGUCGAGCUGACGGAAAUGAUCCACGCUGCCCAGGUGUCUGUGGAGAUGGAGGUGUCCAAGCCGGACCUCACCUCCGCCCUCAAGGAGAUUCGAGGCCAAUACGAGUCCAUGGCGUCCAAGAACCUGCAUUCCGCCGAGGAGUGGUACAAGACCAAGUUCACCGACUUGUCCGAGCAGGCCACCCGGAGUAACGACGCCAUCCGCGCCAGCAGGGAGGAACUGAACGAGUUCAGGAGGCAGCUGCAGUCGAAGACGAUCGAGACAGAGAGUCUUAGGGGAACCAACGAGUCUCUGGACAAGCAGCUCCGGGAGAUGGAGGAGAGGCACAAUGCGGAGAUUGGAAACUACCAGGACAACAUGGUAGAGCUGGAGAAUGAGCUGAGGGCCAAUAAGAGCGAGAUGGCUUGUCACCUGAGGGAGUACCAGGAUCUGCUGAAUGUCAAGAUGGCACUGGAUAUUGAAAUUGCAGCUUACAGGAAACUACUGGAAGGGGAGGAGACCCGCAUCGGGACAGGGAUCAGCUAUGGCUCCUCAAUGAGCGCAAGUCUUGGGCCAGGCUACAGCUACCAGAGCCGUAGUUACGGCAGCUCCAGCAAGGGCUCCAAGAGGGAGGGCAAGGAGGAGGACCAGCAGAGCAAGUCUGGAGGCAAGGUGACCCAGCGUGAAGUUCAUGAGGAGACAGUCAUCACCACCACCAAGAAGAUGGAGAAGCAGCAAGACCCCAGCGACAUUCCCACCAUCCAGAACAACUAAGAGCCUACUGUAAGCUUGUUUUUCACCCUUUACCCUGCAAAUCCAAACCACUUUUCAUUUCCCAAACAACAAACCCUGAGCCUUUACACUUCAACACUUGUGGGGAUCUAAGAUGAUAGCUUUGCCUCCUUAUUAUAAGCAUAGUAAGAUCAUCCUGGUUUCCAUCUGCCCUUUUGUGUGUUGGAUGUCCACAAGUGUGUAGAGUGCAGGAUCUAGAUGUUUGUUUUCCGUGGGGUUAUCCCUCUCUGUCCCCUUUGUCCCCCACAUGUGUUCCCCAAAGGAAAUCCAUUAUAACUCCACUGUAACUGCCACUCUAUACAAAACCACAGCGCAUCUGUGAACUCUCCUUCUCCUUCACACACUCAACAUCAAACAAUAACCAGCACUUACUGUAGGUAGCAUCUCUUACACAAGUGCAGUCUUUCAAAACAUAAUAUUCAACUGGCCUGUCACACUUUGGGCUGAUGUCACUUCAAUAUGUGAUACUGAAACACGUAGAUAAUAGCUGUGGUCAUUCACGACCACCACAAGCUGUGAGCUACUGUCAACACAUUCCAAUGGAAGCAUGUGUGUGCAUCCACUCAUACGGUACAAACAAAAAGACAUUCCUACAACAGUUUAGUGAGAAAGCACACAGUCUACAGCCAAGAUAAACAAUGAUAUAUGACAGCGUAUUGCUGAGACAUUAUUUCGGGUCAGAGUUCAUAAGCAAAAUGUUGAUCCCUGUUUGACUGCAGUCCAAUCAGUUCUGCAUGACAACAUUAUGGAAGAUUCUCCUCUUCCUCCUCCUUUCUAACUUCCCGAUAAAGACUCAUUUCCAAAAGUGGAUUCCCUUAGCUAUUUAAAAGAGACUUGAAGCAAAGAAAAAACAAAUGUAUGAAUCAAGCAUAAUUUGCAUGCCGUAUGUGGAUGUCAUGCUUGCAUGGAAUCCAUCGGCCUAUUGCUCGUUUGACACGAUUUCAUUGUUAAAAGGCUGGCUAAUGCCUUCCUUUUUACCAUCUACCGUGCUGAGCAUCCUCAUGCACAACACUCAUUAAUAAAUGUAAUAGAUGUGCUUGUAAGCCUGUAGGUUAGAUUAUAACUCUUACUGCAGGAUGUGACGUAGAUAGGCCUCGAUGCUAUGAAGAUAAGAAGUACAAAUCCACUUGCACUUAUAUGUCUAGAAUGUCAAAACUACCAAAUUUGGUAAACAGUUUGCACAAUAUGCUAUGAAAGAUAGAGGAAAAGUGAAGCAAAGAUGCUGUAAAGGAGGCAAAAUGCAGCUAACGUGAUAAGAAUAUGAUAAGAAAGAGGAAGUGAUAGUUCUCUUGAAGCAUCCAGUCAAUUAGAGACUGAAUUGUAAAUCACGCUUUAGCCUACGAGAUCCUCUGUGAUCCCUCUCUGUGCGAUGAAUUGUAUGCAUAUUCAACACCAUUUCCCAUGUGCCAUCGAUGAUGCUUGACGCACAUUUGAGCUCCAGAAUUCAUACCAUAUCACUCAGCCAGAAGAAAACUAUGCCAUCAAUGCUCAAAAUACUCACUUCAGCCGCCAGACCACCACACGUUUGAAACAACUUGACUUCUUUCUUUAUAACUGUGGCCAUGACUGGACAAAAUGUCUGCCGUAGCACGACCUCACCACUAGAAACACCUCGGUAUGAGAGACGUGUAGCCUGUUUCUUUUCUGCUUGUGUACUGCCGGCGUUAACACAGCUUAUUCCCCUGCUGCUGGUCAUGGAGACCCACACCCUGACAAACUGCACAUACGAUGACAACACAAAACUACUGAUUGUACGGGGGACUGCUGUGGAUUGGGUUCCUUUACUUACUCUACUUGAGGCUUGUGAUAGGUGUGUUAGUGCUUUAGUGAGUGUGUCUGUGUCUCUACACAGUGGCCUAUUAUACAUAUGUAGAGGGCAGUAAACCUGAUAGUUGGGCAUUUUGUUUUCCAGAUCACUGAAAUCCAGUGUAAAGCAAAAGAAAUGUACAAGAAAUAUGAGCCGCAUUUUAUAAUACACAGCUAAAACAGUGGAUGAAUGGUUCAUCAAGCUUUUAUCUUUACACCGUAAACCAAACCACUCAUCCGUUAGUGUCUGAAGAAAGAAGUGUCACUCCUGCUACUACUGCACUGCCAAACUUUUCUAAGUGCACAUGCAACAACCUUUCAUGGAAAACAGAAAAGCACCAAUCAAGACUUAGCCGUAGAACAAAUAACUGUAGGAUGUGAAAUGCCUUAAAACACCAGCAGCUUUCUUUCUGGCCAUGUGUGUGUGAUGUGUUCAGUAGGGAUGUGUAAUCAUUAUUAUCUCUUUAUUAGAGCUACCACGACUACAAAGGCAUAGGGAUCGAAUGUAGUCAACAUGCUAUUCUGUUUGAUGUUAUUCUUAUGUAUUGCUGUAUGACACCAUAUAAUAAAGACUCAAUGAAGACUUGAA